CUCAGUGUCGGAGCGGCGGCCAAGAUGGCGGCGGCGGACGGCGAUGACUCGCUCUACCCCAUCGCCGUCCUCAUCGACGAGCUGCGCAACGAGGACGUGCAGCUGCGUCUCAACAGCAUCAAGAAGCUGUCGACCAUCGCGCUGGCGCUGGGCGUGGAGCGAACGCGCAGCGAGCUGCUGCCCUUCCUGACGGACACCAUCUACGACGAGGACGAGGUGCUGCUGGCGCUGGCCGAGCAGCUCGGCACCUUCACCGCCCUCGUCGGCGGCCCCGAGUUCGUCCACUGCCUCCUGCCGCCGCUGGAGAGCCUGGCGACGGUGGAGGAGACGGUGGUGCGGGACAAGGCGGUGGAGUCGCUGCGGGCCGUCUCGCACGAGCACUCGCCGGCCGACCUCGAGGGCCACUUCGUGCCGCUGGUGAAGCGCCUGGCGGGCGGCGACUGGUUCACGUCGCGCACGUCCGCCUGCGGCCUCUUCAGCGUCUGCUACCCCCGCGUCUCCAGCCCCGUCAAGGCCGAGCUGCGCCAGUACUUCCGGACGCUGUGCUCGGACGACACGCCCAUGGUGCGCCGCGCCGCCGCCUCCAAGCUGGGCGAGUUCGCCAAGGUGCUCGAGCUGGAGCACGUCAAGGCCGAGAUCAUCCCCAUGUUCGCCAGCCUCGCCGCCGACGAGCAGGACUCGGUGCGCCUCCUGGCCGUCGAGGCCUGCGUGAGCAUCGCACAGCUGCUGCCGCCGGCCGAGCUCGAGGCGCUCGUGCUGCCCACGCUGCGGCAGGCGGCCGAGGACAAGUCCUGGCGCGUGCGCUACAUGGUGGCCGACAAGUUCACCGAGCUCCAGCGCGCCGUGGGCCCCGACAUCACCAAGGCCGACCUGGUCCCGGCCUUCCAGAACCUCAUGAAGGACUGCGAGGCCGAGGUGCGCGCCGCCGCCGCCCACAAGGUCAAAGAGUUCUGCGAGAACCUGUCGCCCGACUGCCGCGAGGGCGUCAUCAUGGGCCAGAUCCUGCCCUGCAUCAAGGAGCUGGUGUCGGACGCGAACCAGCACGUGAAGUCGGCGCUGGCGUCGGUGAUCAUGGGGCUGUCGCCGAUCCUGGGCAAGGACAACACGGUGGAGCACCUGCUGCCGCUGUUCCUGGCGCAGCUCAAGGACGAGUGCCCCGAGGUUCGGCUCAACAUCAUCUCGAACCUGGACUGCGUGAACGAGGUGAUCGGGAUCCGGCAGCUGUCGCAGUCGCUGCUGCCGGCGAUCGUGGAGCUGGCGGAGGACGCGAAGUGGCGCGUGCGGCUCGCCAUCAUCGAGUACAUGCCGCUGCUGGCGGGGCAACUGGGCGUCGAGUUCUUCGACGAGAAGCUCAACUCGCUCUGCAUGGCCUGGCUGGUCGACCACGUCUACGCCAUCCGCGAGGCGGCGACCAGCAACCUGCGGAAGCUGGUGGAGAAGUUUGGGCGCGAGUGGGCGCAGGCGGCCAUCGUGCCCAAGGUGCUGGCCAUGGCCGCCGACCCCAACUACCUGCACCGCAUGACCACGCUCUUCUGCGUCAACGUGCUGUCGGAGGCGUGCGGGCCGGAGAUCACGGCGAAGCAGAUGCUGCCCACGGUGCUGCGCAUGGCGGCCGACGCCGUGGCCAACGUGCGCUUCAACGUGGCCAAGUCGCUGCAGCGCAUCGGGCCCGUCCUGGACAGCGG